AUGGAAGACGACCUGGAUGAACUAUAUGGUAAAAGGAAAAGGAAGAAAGUAGCCCGUCCUAAUCCGUUAUUUGAGAAAUGGUUAACAGAAUGGAGGGAUGAAGCUGCUUUGAAAGGAUGGAAGAGCCAGUAUAAUUAUGCGAAGGCCCUGGAUGCUUUAAAGAAAUUUCCACUGAGACUAGAAUACGGUAAAGACUGUAAAAUGUUGAAAAACUUUGGAGAGAAGACGUGUAAAAUGUUAGAUAUGAAAUUAGCAGAACACAUGAAAGUAAAUGGUGAUACACUAAUAUGUCUAGAACAGAAGGAUGUAAAUUUUAAUACGAUAGUUCUAUCUGAUACUUAUCAUAUUGUAAUUAUAUUAUCUAAGAUUGUGUUUCAGAAACGUAGGAAAUCUUCAGGUAAUAAAGAAUAUAUACCAGCUUACAGAUCUGGAGGGUAUGCCAUUUUAUUGGCACUUUAUACAGAUAGACAGGCAGCUAAUUGUAAAGGAUAUUUAACUAAAACUGAACUAAUGAGAGAAGCUCAACCCUUAGCAGAUAAAUCUUUUACAGAGCCAGAUCCAGGUGCUGCUCAGUGGUAUACAGCCUGGUCGUCCAUGGCUACAUUAUUAAAGAAAGGACUUGUUGUAAAGGAAAGAUCUCCAGCCCAAUUUAGCUUGAGUGAAAGUGGAUGUGCCCUGGCCUACAGACUAUUAUAUGUUGACGAACACACCACAUUUAAUGAUACACCAGUAGCAGUAAGACAAGAUCAGGUGGAACCACCACUUCCUGGCCUGGAAAUAGAUGAUAAUAAAGAAGUUGAAAACGAUGAAGGAAUUUCUGAUUUUGGACAUAUGCCAACAGAGAUUGAUGACAAUAGAGAUAACUCUCAAUCAUCAUCAACAACAGUUACUUCUCUUGAUGUAGACACCAAUUCCCAGUCUUCUACGGUGUCCUCGACAUCCAGUCUUCCAGUACCUGAGUUUGUGUUGAGACCAGGAGAGUUUGAAGUUGUUCUAGUGAUUGAUAACAGGGAAUUUUAUGGCAGCAGUAAAUCAAAAACUAAAAUUCUACUACCGGAUCUGAUGAAGAAUAAGGUGAAUUGUGAUUUACGAGAACUACAUGUUGGAGAUUUAGUUUGGAUAGCCAGAGAAAAGGUUCCUCAUAUACCAGGCCAAUUAAGGCAAGGAGAGGGGAGAGAACUGGUGUUAGAUUAUAUUGUAGAGAGAAAGAGAAUGGAUGAUUUAGUCGGUAGUAUGGUGGAUGGUAGACUACAGGAUCAAAAAUUCCGUUUGAAGCGUUGUGGUGUGAAGAAUGCUAUAUUUCUGAUAGAAAAUUAUGGUUCCAUGCAGAAUUUUAGUAUUGGUGAAGACAGAAUCAAACAGUCUAUUGCCAACACUCAGGUAAUAGAUGGUUUUGGUGUAAAAAGAGUUAAGGAUACGAAAGAGUCUGUGGUAUAUUUAACUGUUAUGACCAGAUAUUUACAAAACUACUAUCAGAAUAAAACUCUACAUACCUGCAGUCCUGAUGUAGUUAAAGAAUUAAACAGACCGUUUGAUAUUAACAAUACAGAUCAUUAUCUAAUGCCCUUUCAAAACUUUAAUUUAGGUUCAGUUAAAAGUAAGGCUUUAACAGUAAGUGAGAUGUUUGGUAAACAGUUAAUACAACUCAAUGGUAUGUCAGCUGAUAAAGCUAAAGCUGUUAUAGAUAAUUAUCCUACUCCAAUCAGUUUACUGGAAGCGUAUGCUGGCUGUCGUGGGUUGAAGGAAAAAGAACAAUUAUUGGCCGGAAUUAAAUGUGGAAAAUUAACACGAAAUCUUGGACUAGCUCAGAGUAAACAGAUAGCUGGUAUAUAUUGUACAACAGGUGCUCUGACGUGA